ACGCAAGCGGUCAGAUGCGCUGAAUGCGUUCACUCCCUCGGCCCUCCAAUCGUUCAUUCGCUCCCCUCGGCCUCAGUCAUUCGGCGGCACCCGUCGUGUGAGAACGUGCUGCGCGUUUCCGCUAACCGCGCGUAUUUACCGACGAAUUAUAAAACUCCUGCUACGUUUUCACGUGUAAUACCCUAAAGGGUGCGUCAAAUAGUGACUGGGAUACCUGCUUUUUUUAUUUGUUUCUCGCUGCAAGUGUAAAAAAUGUGAUGUGCUCAUUCAACGUGCAAUUCUGUGUAUAAUAAUUUUACGUUGCAACUAAAUGUGUUGAAUUGGAAACAAUUUUGGUGCCUUUGCAUUCAUAACCUGGAUUUCUGAAGAUUAUGCUGUUAUGAAAGUUAUAUUGUUGGACACCCGGCGUAUACCCUGAUCUAUGAACUGUACUAAAGUUACAUGGGACGAGGGUACGCUCGAUGGAUAUAGGACUGAUGCCGACACUUCGCGUCAAUCUAACAACAGACCUUUUACGUCAAUGUCCGAGCGACACGGCAGUCAACAAGACACAAUAAGAAGUUCUCGGAGUCAGUUCAGCGCAGACCUCACUAUAGUUACGAUGGCGCCACAACGCUUCGGUCGUCGGAUUGCGGGUUACGCCACAUCUAACGUGUUUUUGGUUCUGCUGAUAUGUCUGGAACUACUCGCUCGGCGAAGUGGUGCUUCAGCCCUCGCGAACUGCCCCGCCGGCUGCAACUGCAACGACGACACGCUCGUCGUGGUCUGCGAGGAGAGCCGCCUCGACGUCUUGCCCAUCGCACUCAACCCCUCCAUCCAACGCCUCAUCAUCAGAAACAACAAGAUCAAAACUAUCGACAGCUCCAUGCAGUUCUACGCGGAUCUCCAACACUUGGAUCUGUCACAGAACGAGCUGGUCAGCAUACCAACAAAAAGUUUUUCAUAUCAACGAAAACUUCAAGAACUGCACCUCAACCACAACAAGCUGUCGUCCGUGUCCAACACAACGUUUCAAGGGCUGAACUCAUUGACCGUUCUCAAUUUGAAACAUAAUUUCUUAGAAGAACUCACUAAUGGAGUAUUUUCCACUCUGCCAAGAUUAGAAGAAUUAAAUUUAGGACAGAAUAGAAUCCAGAGAAUAGAACCGAGAGCAUUUGCCGGGCUGUCCGCUUUGAGGAUUCUUUAUUUAGACGACAAUCAGCUCAGUUCAGUUCCAACGAUAUCCUUUAGUCUAUUAGGUAGUCUAGCAGAAUUGCACGUGGGUUUAAAUGCAUUUUCUUUGCUGCCAGACAAUGCUUUUGCUGGUCUCAACAGGCUGGCGGUGCUAGAUUUAAAUGGAGCUGGACUCUCUAAUAUAAGUGAUAAUGCAUUCAGCGGUCUCCCGGGAUUAAGAAGCCUUAAUUUCUGUGGAAACCGACUCGGCUUCGUUCCCACGCAGCAGUUAUCUGGCUUGACUAGAUUAGAGGAAUUAAAUAUAGGUCAGAAUGAUUUCACUGCUUUGGAGAGUAAUUCUUUCAAAGGAUUGAAAAAUCUUAAAUUUAUUGAUAUUUCGGGUGCAGCCCAAUUAGAAACAAUCGAAAAGGGCGCUUUCGAAGAUAAUAUAAAUCUGGAGACUGUUGUUUUGACAAACAACAAAAAAUUAUCUGUCAUUGAAGACUGUUCCCUGUUAGGCUUACCGAAAUUGCGACACGUUACGUUGAGAGACAAUGCCAUCGUAACAUUAAGCGAAUCAGUUUUCAUAGGUAAAGAAUUGAAGAAACUUGACUUGUCCGACAACCCUAUCUUCUGUGACUGCCAGAUCCUGUGGCUUCAACAGCUCCUCAGCGACAAGAGGAAUUUCACCCAAAUCCAAUGCGCCAGUCCCGAACAUUUAAAGGAUAAAAAUUUAAAAAUGUUGAGUGCGGACGACUUGGGCUGCGUUUUGCACGAUACGAGACAGCAGACUAUAAUUUGCAUCGUAGUGGUAGCCUGCGUGGCUACGAUAGCGACCUUAGUGUUAAUACUGUACAGAUACCGCAAGAGCAUGCAGGAGAAGCUGAAGGAUUAUAAGUGGAACAAGGGGCGCAAGAACCUGGAGUACCACAAACCGAUAUCGACGGAGGAAGACUGCAUACUAGAGCUUUACGCCUCCCCGAGCGUGUUCUUCAUGUCAGGCGGCCAGGGCUCCGCGCGCCGGCCGCCGCGCUCGGGGGGCGGCGGCACCAUGCCCGCCAACGGCUUCACGUACAUCGGCGGCGAGCGCCACCACCCUCCGCACCAGCCCCUCACCCUCAACAACGGCGCGCCCGCGCACCACCUCAACAACGGCUCGCUGCGCUCCCUGCCCGACAAGAAGAACAACCGCAACGGCGUCGUGUGCCACCCGGAGAACUUCCAGCGGAACCUCGACACGCGCUACUCGCGGAAGCAGGAGAACGACUACAUGCGCAACUCGGAGACGGUGAUAGGCUUCCCGCGCGACCGCGAGCGCGAGCGGGAGCGGGAGCGGGAGCGGGAGCUGCCCGACUACAGCGAGCCCGAGUACUCCAUCAUCCCGGAGGGCGGCUACGGCGACUUCCCGCGCUCGUGCAGCCACGCCAACACGUUCAACUGUUGAGUGCGAGCCGAAUGAACUCUUUCAAACGUUUGUGAUCUUGUAAUUCUAGCAAUAAAUCUUCAUUCCAUUAUUUUUCCUACGGACGGACUUCGCGAUGGACGUAGUGCUAUAGAACAUUAGUGAUUGGGUCCGGUGUACGUUCGACCAGUGAGGAUUAUCCUAUAUCGUAUUCGGUUUAAGAGAGUACCUUAUUUGUACAUUAUAAUAUUAAGUAGUUAUGGAUCUAUUUUUCAAAUGAGAUGAUGGGAGUGAGUGUGUGAAAGUGUGACUUUCAUAUUAUAUUAUGUAAGGUUGACUCGUAUCAUCGUACUGCUGUAUAAUAAAUAAUAUACUUCUCAUCAAGAAAAUCGAAACAGUCCACAAGUACUGUUCACGCUAACUGUUUCGAGUUUUUUGUUGAGAAGUAUACAAAUCCAUCAUAUUCCCAGUGAUUAUAGACAUGGAACUAAACAUCGAUAAAACACAGAACACAAAAAAAAAACAAAAAAAUUAAACUAACACUUUUAAGAAAAGUUAGUGAGUCCAUGGUUCUAAGAUACGUAACGUAUACAAGUUUUAAAGCUAUCUCAAAAUUAAGAGUUAAAGUGUACUAGCUGACAGCUACCAAACAAACAUCUUAAAUAUUAACAACGAAAAGAGCAAAUUAGUUAAAAUAUUAUGAUGAUGCGAAACGGCCGCAAAUCGUACAAUGUACAGGCUAGUCGAGUUAAGUUUUAACGUGGGCGGCUGAGAUGAUCACUACCGAUAUGAUUCCACACCCAGUUUCUGAAAAGCUGUUGUCUUCUAAAUUCACUAACUAAAAGGGCAAACUCACGUUCAUAUUAUAAUAAAAGUAACCAUUUCCGCAAACACAAAUGUUAGCCGUUCUUAUUAAUUUUUUUUAUUUUAAAAUUUGUGUUUACUUCCCAUUCAGUGGUGUGGCGUGCCUUAGAGGGGCCCUGUAUCAAAAUUACUUGGGGACCCAAAUAGCGUAAAGAUUUCUUACAAAAGAAACAAAAAUGCUCGCUUAAAAUUUAUAUGACAGUAACUAAAACAACUAUGUAGAAUGUUUCCAACUUUUGGGCUCACGCUUAAUUCGGGAAGCAAACGAACGAACUCUUCAGCUUUAUAAUAUUAGUAUAGAUUAACUGUGUAGGUACAUUUAUAAUAUUAUUGUGUCUACUGUCUAAUUGUUAUUUAAUCUUUAUUCAAAUAGGUACGGUUGAUCAGUCUUUCAGAAACUGGGAGUUCAUCAUACACAAGUUGUGAUUUGAGAUUUCUUCUACCGCUUUGGUGGAAUUUGUAUUUGAUUUUGUACAAAAACCAUUCCAUAAGUCUUUUAAUGUCUUUAUUUAUAGAUGACUAAAUUAAGUGUGCAUUAAAUAAGACACCAAUAUAAGAUGAAAUAUUAGUGAUUAACGAAUGUAAAUAUAUUUAUAAUAUUAUAUUGAGAUAUUUAUAAAAUUUAAUACGAUCUUGCUCUUCUAAAAUUAUCAUCAAAUUAUUUCUUAAAUAAGAAGAUCCUAUUACCUAUUGUUUACUUUGUUUGAGUAAACCUGAUUCUCUACAAUUAAAAACCAUUUUAUAAGUGAAAAUGCCUUAUUUUUAUAACGUGAUUUUCAGUUAUUCUGUCAUCGAGCACUAUUAAAAUUUGCCGGAAAUUUUCAGUAACUGGCAACUAUUUGCAAUUGUAGCUAUGGAUGGUGACGUCAAAUUUAAUUUACUUAAAUAUAUCGAUGCUAUAGGUAUUCUUAGUUAGAAUCCAAUAUUGUAGAGAAUCCUUAGCAUAAGACUUUCACGUUUGGAAACGAAGAGUAUUUUCGAAUUUCGAAACACUUUAACGUCACAGUAAAAUGAGUCAUAUUGGCUUUGUUUUUAAGCUUUAAGUCGACUACAACCUCUGUAGACUAGCUCACGCAAGACAGAGGUAUGAUAAUAGGGGCAGGAGAGCGGAGGGUUGUAGGUGCAUUUUUAUAACACGCUUAAAUUAGCUUCACUUGUAAAUAACUAUGUAUGUAAAAAAAUCUUGGAAUCUUAAUUGGACCCACUUCCCGGUCUUCAAUUAGGAUGAAAUUUUGCACACCCUGAGUUCUGAUGAGAAUAAAUGUCUAGCUAAGAAACGUCAUUACAAAUCCAAUAUUGCAGCCUCCCCAAGAUGGCGGACCGGCAGUUUGAAAUCUACCCCCAUGAUAUGGGGGUAGAUUUCAAAUGAAAGGGUUUGCUGACAGGUAUACGAAAAAAAAUCACGUGACUUAAAUCCAAUAUGGCGGACGUCCAAGAUGGCGGACAGGCUAUUUGAAAUGCACCCCCAUGACAUGGGUAUCAAAUGAAAGGGUAUCUUUGUAAUUUUUAGUGCGUGCUAAAAGCGUGUUUUUUAGUUAUUUACAAUACUGAACGCGCGAUAUUAAUAAUAAGAAGUAUGAGGCAGUCCGGUCUGUUCAUCAUUCAAAUAUUGAAGAGCGCCCGCCCGCACCUCUCUCAAUCCCCUCUGUCGUCAUAGCCGGCUACGUACUACGCCGACGAAGACUGAGUUUUCGGUUUUCCUUUAAAGAUAAUCCAAAAAAUCUAUACUUAGUGACACAGAUAAAACGACUUUGAUACUACAACAUAAGGUCUAUUUUACUUUAACCCCGCAGUUUAGAUUUCUAACGUGAAAAUCUCAUGCUAAGACUCCAAGGGUGCUGCUAUUAUCCUACUCAUAGUAGAAGAUUCGAAUUAGAAUCGACCUUCACCCAUCUGUUUAUUGGAUGAAAAGUACAGUAUGUUAAAAUAUGGGUAUUGCCAGUAGGUUGCCUAGAAACUCCAGGCCAAACCAUUAUUAACUACUUAUUAUUAUUUAUGAUAGCCAUGCUAGGAGGUUUGCAAAAUUUAUGCUAUUUAUAUUAAAACAUUUUUCAUAAUUUUUCACCUAUUUCAUCAAAAAAUUCUUAAACAGAUUGUUAAAGGUUUUGUCUAAUUCAUAUAUUCUACUAUCAUGGGAAUUCAUUUGUCACUAAAUAUUGUUACAUAUUUAACAUUGUGUACACUAAAUUCUGUAAAUUGUGUAGGUAUGAAGCACCAUUUUCCAAUAUUACGUCACUUGAUCACCUUGUAUUAUUUUGUAUAGUUAUCUAAAUUAUUUGAAACUGUCAUCUCGAUACAUAUAAACACUGUGUUUGUAGGUAUGAUGUCUUUGAAAAAAUAUGUCCGACUGAAAUGCCAUCUUGCGAUAACUUUAGACAAUACACAUGCAUGUGUGAAUGUUUUUUUUUUCUUAAAGGCAAAGGUAUUACAUCUUAAAAUAAUUUAAGUAUACUCCGCGCCAAACUUCUAGUCCAUUCUAAAGUUGCAACACACUGAACUGCAAUGGUGUAGUAGCCCCGUUGGAACUAGAAAUUUGGCUUUUUUUAUAAAUAGGUAGAUUUACCUACUUACUAUACUUUAUUAUGAAAGGUCUCAUUUUCGAAAUCUGUUUGUGUUUUUUUUUUUAUUUGAAUAUUAAGAGCAAUACGCAUAGGGUGUACGUACCUAUUCUGUUAAACCUCUGUGUGAGCCCAGAUUCUGUGUACUCUCGCCUACUAGCAAAUGUUGCCAUUAAUUUAAAAAAACAUAUUCUAAAUCAUUUUUGCCAAAAGUUUUAAAAUUUCAAAACUUGUAUACCUACAUUAUUUAUAUGUAGGUAUUUACCUACUUAAUUAAAUACAAUUAUUAGUAAGAUAUACGGACUUUAAUUAAUUCAUUAUUUGAUAACCAAAUACAAAAUUUAAUAUAAAAUUAUAAAUAUCUCGUCCUAUUUCGAAGAUUAGUUGAUGUGCUUUACUAAGAAAAAAAUAUCUUGCUAUUGUCCAUGAAAAACCAUGGAUUUCUUAUCUGGUGGUGCAAAAUUGUAUUUACCUACUACAGAGUUCUGAUUAUUGUGUUUACAUUUUUUGAUGUAACGGACACCUUCAAUAAUUACUGUUAAAGUGUUUAACUUACGGCUCAAAUUCAAAUUGUUAUUUAUGUGCCUCAACAUGGAUUUAAAUUUACAAUUUUAAACAGAAUCUGGGCUUCGUUCUCUGUUACUAUAUGACUGGGUAUUUAUUUUUAUGAUAUUCAUAUAGAAUAUUAAUUAAUUAUAUUACGCAAUUUUUAAGGCGUGAAGUUACACAAAAGUAAUAAAAAAUAUCCUACAAUGAAUGUCAUUUACAAUAAAAACUCUGUUCUGUUGUUAAUAAUAAUCGUUAGGUACUAGUUAACAAGUUAUUAAAACUAACUUUUUUAAACUACCUAAGUACUUACCGCAUUAUUUUUUGACGAUUUCUAAAAAAAUGUUUUGUCGAUCUAAACCUUUUAUCAACUACAAUCUGUUUAAAUAUCGUUGCUGUGAAUGAAAUGGCAGAAACUGGCUUUUUUUUAAACUUUUUAAUGGCAUGUAAAUAUUAUUCAAUAUAUUUAUAUUACUCAAAAUUACGCCACAAAUUUUCCGUGUUAUUUAAUGUUCCGAUAUAUUUAAUACUGGUAACACCAACUAGAUUUUUAAAUAUGGAAAGUGUCUUCUUUUGUUUUGUUGUACCUACUUGUACCCCCAUAUCAUUUUGUUAUUCCUUUGUAAAUACAUUUUUGGGGAAAUUAAAAGACUAAAAGCAAAUUAUUGGCAUGUGUUAGUGCCUAGUAAAUGCCUAAAAAGUAUACAAAAAAUAAAAAAUACAUAUGAGAAAUUGUGAUUAGGAUACUCACGACAUUGUAAUAGAUCAUCAGUCAUUUCUGUACUUUAUUGUAGUUAUUACCUACAUACAAACUCGAUAAAUAUAAACAUACCUCGAUA